UCAUUAUCAGUUUAUUAUUCAAGUUUCACUGAUAAUAACUAUCUUUCACUGGUAAUUCCUAUCUUUCCUAUUUAAAACACAAAUUACUUUUAUCCCUCCGGUAUAAAUAGGCAUUCGUCGGUAGUUCUAGUGUAAACGUUCAUCAAAAUGUGACUGCAAAAGUGGCUUGAACAAGUUUACGCGUUUCAGAAAAAUUUCCUGUCUUCCACAAGACUUAAUUUUCGACUUGAAAAUGGAAUCGUGCAUGACGGCGAGCUGCGAGGCGGCGACGUCCUCGAUGCCAUCCUCACUGUUUUCUCAGCUGAUUCAGAUAAUUUUGAUGUCACAAUGCGCGCUAAAUAGAAGCGAGUAUUAUCCCGCCGAUCGUACCAAAGAGAUCCUCGGCGCGAACCUGGGAUUCGAUUUCGUGAUUGCCGGGGCGGGUACCGCGGGGACAGUUUUGGCCAACAGGUUGACGGAGGUAACAGAUUGGAACGUUUUACUGAUCGAAGCCGGAGACGAUCCCAGCCCCGAGAGCGAAGUGCCCGGUUUAAUGUUCUUACUGGCCGAACAUUAUCAAACUUACAAGUACAAGACGGAGCCACAGGAAGGCGUCUGUCUAGGCUUGAAGGACAAACGCUGCAGGUGGCUCAAGGGUAAAGCAUUGGGUGGAAGUUCGGUCGUCAAUGCCAUGUUACAUAUUUUUGGUAACGACAGGGACUACGACGAAUGGGCGAAACUGGGUAACGACGGAUGGAACUACGAAAAUGUACUUCCUUACUUCAAGAAAUCUUUAAACUGUGCACCGGAACACGUGGCCAGAUUCGGUGACAAAUAUUGUGGAGUCGGGGGACCGAUGAACAUCAGACAUUACAAUUAUUCACUGGCCGACAUACAAAACGCGAUUUUAAACGGAGCUCGUGAAAUGGGAACGAACGUAUUGGAACCAUUGAACGGCGAUCGUUUCAUCGGAUUCGGUAGAGCCAUGGGCACCAUCGACAAUGGGCGUCGCGUGAACGGUGCCAAAGCUUUCUUAUCUCCGAUCAAAGACAGGAAGAAUUUGUACGUAAUGAAGUCUAGCAGAGUGGACAAGAUUCUAAUAGAAGGCACGCGAGCAAGGGGUGUACGAGUGACGUUAAAAGACGGUCGGUCGGUCGAGAUAAAAGCGACGAAAGAAGUGAUACUCUCUGCUGGCAGCAUCGCCAGUCCACAGAUAAUGAUGCUAUCAGGGAUCGGACAGAGGGAGCAUUUAGAGGAAAUGAAAAUACCGGUCGUAGUCGAUCUUCCUGUAGGCGAGAAUCUUCAGGACCACAUCAUCUGGCUGGGACUGCACGUAGCUUAUGUGAACGAAUCUGUGACACCACCUUCGUCGACUUAUGCCCUGGACAUCGCGUACGAUUAUUUAGUACGGAACAGCGGCGAGCUGGCCACGCUCGGGAGCGAUCUGAUAGGUUUCCUCAAUGGGACCGAUCCCACUUCCAAGUACCCGGACAUCCAACUAGAUUUCGGUCACUUCCCACGGUGGAACGCGAUGAAAAUAAUGGCUAUUAUGAAAUCCUUCGCAGUUUCCGACGACGUGGUGCAAUCGAUGAUAAAGGACAUCAUGGAAUCGGACAUGCUGAUGGUCUGCGUGAUUCUGCUCAGACCCGAGAGCCGUGGAAAGCUCGAGUUACGUAGCUCCGAUCCAGCCGAACAGGUGAAGAUCUUUCCAAAUUACUUCACCCAAGGGAACGAUUUAAAAACGAUGCUCAAGAGCGUCGACGCGAUCAAGAAUUUGUUGAAUACAGACGCUCUGAAACGACACGGUAUGUGGCUGCAGCACCUCGACAUUCCCGGAUGUCGACAUACUGAACCCGAUUCAGAAGAGUACUGGGAGUGCAACGCGAGGCACAUAACCACGUCAUUGUAUCACGCGGUCGGUACAGCCAAAAUGGGACCGAUCGGUGAUCCCACGGCCGUCGUCGAUCCGAGACUCAAGGUAUACGGCGUCGACGGUCUUCGAGUGAUCGACGCGUCGAUCAUGCCGAACAUCAUCAGCGCGAACACGAACGCGCCUACUAUGAUGAUCGCCGAGAAGGGUGCCGAUAUGAUUAAAGAAGAUUGGAAUUUAAAGGUCAAGGAAGAACUGUAGAACUGUAGAACUGUAGAACUGUAGAACUGUAGAACUGUAGAACUGUAGAACUGUAGAACGAAGUACCUUAUAUAGAGUAAGAUUCUACUAGAAUCAGAAUUGCAAAUCUUCAAUUCGCAUAUAAUUUACAUAAUUGAAACAAAUUAUACGAGUGAUAACUGCAAUAAGUGCCACAUAUUUAAGGCUGACGUCGAAUCUGUUUUUCAUAUUGUAUUUAUGGAAAUAUUAUACAAAUGGAAAUAUUAUACAAAUGGAAAUAUUUCGUAUA